ACACCGGAAGUAGUAGGAAGCGCAGUGAGUUGUCGUCUCCCAUUGUAAACAGUGUUUUGUAUGCAGGAGUUUACGGGUGAAAAUAGCCCUUUAUCGUUCGUUAAACAACUUUGAAACGAACUGAUCAUUUGACCCAUUCUCACUGACAAUUACUUAACUUAAAUACAACGACAAAAUGAACGUGACUCUUGCUGUCAAGCAGUACAUUUCCAAAAUGAUAGAGAGCAGCGGAACCGGGAUGAAGGUGCUGCUGAUGGACAAGGAGACGACCAGUAUUGUAAGUGUGGUCUACACACAGUCUGAGAUCCUGCAGAAAGAAGUCUACCUUUUCGAGCGCAUUGACUCACAAAACCGAGACAACAUGAAGCACCUUAAGGCAAUCUGCUUUCUUCGGCCAACCAAGGAGAAUGUAGAGCACCUUAUUCAAGAGCUUCGCCGGCCCAAGUAUAGUGUUUACUUCAUCUAUUUCAGUAACGUGAUCAGUAAGAGUGAAAUAAAGGCUUUGGCUGAGGCGGAUGAACAGGAAGUAGUUGCAGAAGUGCAGGAGUUCUAUGGAGAUUUCAUUGCUGUGAACCCUCAUCUCUUCUCCCUCAACCUUCAAGGAGUAUCCAGGGGUCGCAGUUGGGAGCCCAGUGUACUGCCUCGUGUCACUCAGGGUUUAACAUCAGUGUUGCUGUCCCUGAAGAAAUGCCCCAUGAUCCGCUAUCAGCUCUCUUCUGACAUGUCCAAAAGGCUGGCAGAAAGUGUCAAACAAAUCAUAACUAAGGAGUAUGAACUGUUUGACUUCCGAAAAACAGAAGUGCCUCCUCUUCUCCUGAUUCUAGACCGAAGUGAUGAUGCUAUUACUCCCCUUCUUAAUCAGUGGACGUAUCAGGCCAUGGUUCAUGAGCUACUGGGCCUCAAUAACAACCGCAUAGACCUGUCAAGAGUGCCUGGAAUCAGUAAAGACCUACGGGAGGUGGUCUUGUCUGCAGAAAAUGAUGAGUUUUAUGCAAAUAACUUGUAUCUGAAUUUUGGUGAGAUUGGAACAAAUAUCAAGAACCUGAUGGAGGAUUUCCAGAAGAAAAAGCCCAAGGACAAACAAAAAUUAGAGUCCAUAUCUGACAUGAAGGCAUUUGUGGAUAAUUACCCACAGUUUAAGAAAAUGUCAGGCACAGUCUCAAAACACGUAACUGUGGUUGGGGAGCUGUCUCGCCUGGUCAGUGAAAGACAGCUGAUGGAGGUGUCAGAGGUGGAGCAGGAGCUGGCCUGCCAGAAUGACCACUCCAGUGCACAACAGAACGUGAGGCAGCUGUUGCAGAACCCUCGACUUUCUGAAACUGAUGCUGUGCGGCUGGUGAUGCUAUAUGCACUUCGCUAUGAAAAACACAGCAGCAGUAUUCUGCCCAGCCUUAUGGAGGAGCUCGGCCGCAAAGGGGUGUCAGAAAGACACCGCAAGAUGGUACAAGCCGUGGUGGAAUAUGGUGGCAAACGAGUCAGAGGAAGUGACCUCAUCGCACCUCAAGAUGCUGUGGCCAUUACCAAACAGUUUUUCAAAGGACUUAAGGGAGUUGAGAAUGUGUACACACAGCAUCAGCCACUACUACAUGACACGCUGGAUCAGUUGAUCAAGGGUCGUUUAAAGGACAGCCAGUUCCCCUACCUCGGGCCAAGUUCUCUGAGAGACAGACCUCAAGACAUUAUUGUUUUUAUAAUUGGCGGGGCCACUUAUGAGGAAACAUUGACUGUUUACAACCUGAACCGCACGAUGCCCGGGGUACGGAUCGUACUUGGGGGCACAGCCAUUCACAACACUAAGAGUUUCCUGGAGGAAGUGAUGCUUUCAGUAGGUUCAGGUGGUGACAGAACACUAGGCGGAGGCCGUCAGCUGAGCCGACGCUGAGCUGUUAUCAUCACUAAUAUUAAUGUCUGCUUACACUCCCAGCGCUGUCUGUCCUCUGAACCCUGAGCUGAGCACAUUGUUCUUUUUCUCUCUUCUGACAUUCCUUUAAAAUGUUUCUAAUAGUUUUAGGUAAGAAAAUGGGAACACUGCACAAUAAGCUUCGAUUUGUUAACAUUAUUGGACAAUGAAUAACAAUUUGACCUGUAUUUAUUAAUCUAGGUUAAUGAGAAUUAUAAAUAAUGCAAUAAUAAAUAUAUUAUAACUUCAAUUGUUAAAAAUCUAUCAAUAUAGGUGGAAAUUUGCAGAAAAAUAUUUAGCAAACAUUAACCUAGAUUACUGUAAUAUUAUUAUUCAUUGUUUGUUGAUGAUGUGUGAAACACUGUAAAUGUGCAAAACAUUUAUGAUCGAAUGUAAAUAAUGUUUCAGAUGCCCGGAAAGUGUUCACAAUGACAGCAUUUUUAUUUAUUUGCUCGGUGAUGCUGCAUUUGAUAGUUUUUGGACAAAUGUCUACUGUAAAAAAAUACGAAAUACGAAAAUGUUUGUAUAUCAUAUAAACAAA